ACACUUUUCUYUUUAGUGCGGGAGCCAGUGCCCUCAAAGAAUUCUUUCUAUCGCAUAAAUAUCGAUAUUCAGGAGACCAAAUGAACCAUACAUAUAGGUUAUUUUUUACUCUAUCGUUACUAYCAUUGCAAUUACUACCAUUGUAUAUCGUGCAAACAUCAGCAACAGCCUUUGUUGUCAAGCCGACGGGCCUUGAUAAGUCAUUGUCUGCCUGCUACCGCAGAGCCGCAACAGCAAUGAGYGGGAGUAGCACUAGAAGUCGCUGGUCCAGUGCUUGGGAGGAUAUCCUUAGCGGUGGGAACCCCCGAUGGAGAAUCACAUCGGAAGAGAGCCACGAGAAAGCGUACGCCAAUUUUUAUAGGUUCUUGCCAGAGGGAACGCCGUCCGACGACAAGAUAAAAAAUAUUUCCGUCCUCUGUCCAUUGGCAGGUGACGACCCCUUUGUGCACCUAUUGUACCGGAAAGGAUACAGCGUCACAGCCAUCGAUUUGGUUUCGGAAGCAGUUGAAGCGAUGAAAGCGCAGUUCGAUGGCGGCGAUGACAGUUCAUGGGCGAAAGAGGAGGACGAAAAUAACGACGGCAGCGUUACCAAUAUAGUGUGGAAACACAGCAGCGGUCGCGCCACCCUAAUCGUCGGCGAUGCAAUGAAAAAACGCACGAAUCUGAACCAAUCGUUCGAUGCCGUCUACGACAAGGAUAGCUUCGGAGCACUGCCCAAAGAGUUGCGAAAACCAUUUUGCCAGCGAAUAUCGGAGUACACAAAGGAGAACGGAAUCUUAUAUCUGGAGUGCAAACUCAAGAAAGGGGGCGACGAUUCGGGGCCUCCGUUUUCUUUGCAACGAGGCGACCUGAUGGAAGACGACAAUUUCGGCGGUGGCAAGUUCGAGUACAUCAAAGGACUCGGUCGUGUCUAUGAUUUGCCGGGUAACAUGAAUGCGGUGAUGCAGCAGACCGGUCACGUGCUACGUCGAUGUAGUAGAGCAGCUGCUCCUUGAUAUGUUCAGUACAAGAUCAAUCGACCAUCUCUGGCAGCAAAAYAGAGUCAUCAUAGUGUUAUUGAACCCAUUCCCAAGCGAUUUUCGAUCUCUAUKGUCACAUAAGCCAAAGGUUACUGAGAUGCAAUAAUCAAAUAGAAUCCGUAUUGGGGAUGCGCCUCUUUCUCCUCUGGUGCAAGUUAAGUGGACAUAAUAGCCUAAGCAACGAAARUAGUGACUAAAGUAUUACCGUAGAA